UGAUGCAGCAUCGCCUGUACCUCAACGUCGAUCGAGCUACUAGUAUACCUUGAAAGGAGCAGUAACUACGUCGUGAAACGACUUGCAAGUAUGAACUACCUUGACGCCAUCGAGCAUGCGACGACCAUGGACAUCGAUGGCGAAGACCGCGAGUACACCGUCUUCAUGGCAACCAAGUCCAAAACCGAAGUGCUCAAACGACGACUGCGCCCCCCGGGGGACGUGCCCCCCACCAUUCGAGACACACGAAAAUGCGACCACGCGCUCACGCCCGUGGCGCCGCGACGCAAGCGCAUCUCGAUGCCGGAGGCUCCCCCCGACGACGGCACCGAGACGUGGCACCCUGACGAUGCAGACAACUACCUCAGUGGCCAGCCCGCGAGCGAGCACGGAGCAUGGCAAGCCGAACUACGCCUGCACAAGCGAAGAGUGCUGCAUGCGAUUUGGCACGACCCGCGGGAUCCUGCCAUGGCUGCCUUUCUGCAGGCGCAGUACUUGCACAUUAGCAAUAACGAGCUCGUCCACUGCAUACAGUCGGCGAUCGAGUCGCUCGGCCAUGCGCUGUACGAGUCACUGCGCGCCUCGUUUCAACGAAGAUUGAACCAUGGCUUUUUCUCGGCGGCCGCGACGUCGACACGCCUCUUGACGACCUUCAAGCUCGAGCUGCGGAGUCAGGUGACGCCCGAUACCGUGCGGCAAAAGGUGCUCUGGGGGCUCUUGGAGGAAAAAGCUGGAGCGGUGCGCGCGCACUCGUCAGCGGCAAUUGCGCCGGGACACAUGACCCUCGGACGAUUCAAGUUGGAGGCAAUGGCGUCGUUCAUGGCGACCAAAGAUGCUGCGAAAGAGAGCCCGCGGCUUCGGCACCAGCACCAACAAAUCCUUCUUGACCAAGUGGCGAGCUAUGUCGCGAGUCGCCCGUUGGUUGCCCACAGCCACAAUGCGCACCCGAGCAUCAUGGUCGACGAAGCAGCGGACCGACUCCGGCACAUUCUCUGUGUGCUGUGCCACGUAUCGUGUCUCAAGACGAUUCCCAUGCACUACAAGGCGGAGAUGGUGCAGGCGGCGACACCGCUCGUGGCACGCCGAGGCCGGAUGCUCGUCUCACCCGAAGUGACCUCGACCUGUCUCUAUGUGCUCGUUGACGGCUGCCUCAGCGUGCAUUUCGAGUCGGGCCACAGUGUACAAAAAGAGCCGUUUGAUCACUUUUUCUGCGGCGAAGUCGACUUGCUAUCGGCGCAGCCUGGCACCAUGCGCGUCACCGUCGCAUCCGACACGUGCUCCCUCGCUGUCUUGGAGCGAACAGACUUUGACACCAUCUUGGAAAAGGCCAUCGCGUUGACGUCGUCAUCGUCGUCGCUACAGCGGCCCCCGCUCACGACGCCGGGGGGCAUUGGCUUGCACCCUCGACGCCCCAAGACAGCGGCACCACUGGGCCACACGGUCGUACGAACGCCAGUUAAGCCUAUCGCGCACGACGACCAAGUGCGCGAGGCCACCGAGGCGUCGCGAAAGCACCGGCACGACUACAUUGCACAUCGACGGGCAGAGCUCGAGGCCAAGCGCGCGGCGGCGGCAUCCGCUCUUGCAGCGACCACGGCCGAGACCAAGUCGCCGCGCAAGUUUACAGCCAAAACCAAAGCACACAUCCACCUCCUUGCGCGCCUCAAGAUCUCGAUGACGCCGCACAUGUCACGCCCCAAGGCGGCGACGCCCGACGCCAAUGCGACGGCAUUGCCGCCGUUCGCCUUUUUCCCGCGCUUUCCCGAUGCAUUUGACGUCCGCCACGUCGAGCUCUUGUACAUGGGUCCGCAGGCGUUUGAAAUGGACGAAAUGCGGCUGGUCGAGUGCGGACCGCCGCUGCCCGAGACGCCGAGUCUCGUGCUGCCGCCCAAGGUGCAGAUCGACACGUCGGUGCUGCUCAUGGAGCACCUCGCCUUGCUCUCCGGACGACGACCGCCAAUGACGACGACCAAAGCCGAGACGUCACACGCCCGCGCACACGUCGAGUGGCAUAGCACGUCGUGGACAGAGCCGCAGCUGCCAUCGCAGCCCGACGCCACUCUCGCGCAGUUUACUGAGAGUCGGAAAAAAGUGUCGGCGCCCGUCGUCAAGGGCCAGAAGACACCAUAUGCGUCAUUGGCCAUGUACUGUUACAACUGGAGGCCCGAGGCGCCAAAGGCCGUCGUCGUUUCCGAGAGUGCAAUGAGCCCGUCACAGACGGCGACCACCGUCGGAGCCGUCACCGUGGCGUCAUUCUCGCAUCUCUUUGGCCUCGACUUGGAUCCAAGCGCUGCUCCGAUUGACGGAGCACUCCACCAAGCCGACGGCGACGACGAAGUCUUUUUCAAUGACGUCAUAGACGGUCAUGGGCCACAUGCAGACGCUGCAACCUCGCUCAGUGGUCUCAGCACGAACGACGUCGCAGCUUUGCCAACGGAAGCAGCACCAGAACAGCCUACGCCUCUCGCAUCACCGCAUCGGAGCUCUACAGCGCACCGAGAUUCGACUUUGGCAGCCGUACCCGAAGACGACGAUCAUUUGCAGGGCACAAAAGAUGAAGACGCCGAUCUCUCGGCGCCCGACCAGCUCGAUGUCGACGUGGAGGUUGCGAGUGACGACGACGGCGCGCCCCUCACAACCAAGCACCUCUUUCGAAUACCAUCAAAACGACCAACGCCGAGCUCGACGCGCAAGCUGCUCCACAACGAUGCCACGUCACUCGCGCGCAAAGAGGCGUACGACCGCCUUGUCCGGCAAGCCUCCCAAAUGCCAUCGACGUCGUCGUCGUCACCGCGGACGCAAGACGACCGGUUGCACGAACUUGCCUACGAAGAAGCCCUCCGAGACGUCGCGACGGCGGACGACAAGCAUGGCACGCCGUGCCCGCUCCGACUGCACAUGCAGCAGCGUAUGGAGUCGGUCUUUACCGCGCUUCAGCUCAGCGCCAAGUGCAAACUCGAGAUCGUCAUGAAGUAUACACAGAAAUCACACGCACCGCACUUGGCGUCGGCGCUCGAGCUCUGGGAGCGGGCGGUCGUCUCGAUUGCCGACCGCGAGCUCACGCUGCACAAGAUCCACGACUUUGAGCUCGUCGCGAGUGACCCGCGGCGGCAUUUUCAGACCAUUUCGACCGAGCGCCUCAAGGAACAACGCCAACGCGACAAACUCUUGCUCUUGUUUCAAGCCCACUCGACGUACUGCGCGAACGCACUGCAGCAGCUGUACGACAAGUUUGGCGACACCAUUUUAUACCACGACCGGCCCUAUCGAGAGAAAAUGGCGCACGACUACACCGAGCUGCUCUUCGACCUCGAGUGCGAGCGAGUUCGUAUCUACUACGGCGGUGUGUCGCCCGACAUCAUUGACGAGACGGCACCGACGAUGACGACGGCCGUCGACGCGGCGUCGUCCGUGCUCGUGCGCGCCGUCAAGGCCCGGGGUGACAAGGACCUCAACGACCUUCGCACGUCGCUCACAGAAGCCCGCGCGGCGCGAGAAGCCGCGAUUGCCUCAGCGCAAUACGAGGCGAGGGAGCGGCGGCGGGCGGCCCGCGUACCCCGUCGACCGACGCAGCCCAAGGAACCGAGUCUCCAGGACGCCCUAGGGCGCGUGUUGCACCGACCCGCCAAGCCAUGGACGACUAUUUUAUAGCGACAAAAGACGUUGCGAUUUCUGCGUGUUCACGUACACAUGCCUCAGUGCUUGUCAACUCAGAUUCGCGUUACGUAGUCCUACCAGGAGUGGAAGAUCGCGCUACAUCUCGAUCGCACCUCGUUGGUAAUAGAGAGUAAUCGCGCGAACUGUAUGUCGUUUGGUG